AUGGCUCGCAUCAGAUCGCAGCCCGCCUCGCAGACAGACAUCCAGCAGUCCGAGAUCUGGCGGACGGAGAGCUCUGCGUCCGUCAGCAGCGGUUUCUCGCUGCGCCGCCGGUCCCCAAAGCAGCAUGGUCACUGGGAGAGUCCGGUACAGUCGGACUCUGAGAUACCGUCAGUGCUAUGGAGCUCUGCUGUGUUCACCCAACAACCGACAGACUUGGUGGUGGUGGCAGGCCAGCCAGUCACCCUGCCCUGCUCCAUCCCCGGCUACCAUGGCAUGGUGCUCUGGCUGCGUGAUGGCAUGGCCCUGGGUGUUAACAGGGAUCUGUCAGGCUACCCACGAUAUGACAUUGUUGGAGACCACAGUAAAGGAGAAUAUCACCUCUUGAUUCAGAGAACAGAGAUUCAAGAUGACGCUUUCUUUGAGUGCCAGGCCAUCCAGGCGGCUAUCAGAUCACGACCUGCCCGCCUCACUGUGCUGGUUCCUCCUGAUGACCCGGUGAUAGUGGGGGCCCCGGUGGUGACUUUGCGGGCUGGUGACCACCUCAACCUCACAUGUCAUGCAGACAACGCCAAACCUGCUGUGUCCAUCAUCUGGAUCCGCAACGGUCUAGUCCUGAGUGGAGCUAUGUACUCAAAGAGCUUGUUGAGGGAUGGUAAGAGGGAGAGCACAGUCAGCACACUCUACCUGUCUCCCUCCAACAUUGAGUCAGGUCAACAGAUCACCUGUCGAGCUUCAAACAAAGCAGCCCCCAAUGGCAAAGAUGCUACUGUCACAAUCAACAUUCAGCACCUGCCAAUCGUCAACCUCAGCGUGGAGCCACAGCCUGUUCUGGAGGGGACUCUGGUCAGAUUUCACUGUGCCGCCAAAGCCAACCCACCUGUUAUCUACUACCGAUGGGCCAAAGCAGGAACCGUGAUUGCAGACGUGCCAGGUGACACCUAUGAGGUUCUUGUGGACCACUCUUUCUUCACUGAGCCCGUUUCCUGUGAGGUCACCAAUGCACUGGGCAACACCAACAUCAGCAGGAACGUGGAUGUCUACUUUGGGCCGAGGAUGGCGGCAGAGCCUCAGUCUCUGCAGGUGGACCUGGGAUCAGAUGCUGUUUUCAACUGUGCUUGGACAGGAAACCCCUCUCUAACCAUUGUUUGGAUGAAACGGGGUUCAGGAGUGGUGCUUAGCAACAAGAACACUCUGACACUGAAAGCAGUAAAGCCGGAGGAUGCUGGGAAGUAUGUGUGUCGGGCCGUAGUCCCCAGAGUGGGUGCCGGGGAGAAGGAAAUGUCGCUCACUGUGAAUGGUCCUCCCACUAUCUCCAGCACCCAGACCCAGCAGGUGCUCUACGGAGAAAAGGGUGAGAUCAAAUGCUUCAUCCGCAGCACCCCUCCUCCCGACCGCAUCGCCUGGUCCUGGAAAGAGACAGUUUUAGAGUCUGGCACGUCUGGACGCUACACUGUAGAGACAGUCAGUACAGAGGAGGGGGUGAUCUCCACACUGACCAUUAGUAACGUCGUCCCCGCUGAUUUCCAAACUAUCUACAACUGCACGGCAUGGAACAGCUUUGGCUCUGACACUGAGAUCAUACGACUCAAAGAACAAGGUGAGGACAACAACAUAGACAGAAAUCUUAAUGUAGAUACUCUGCGACUGGCUGUCAUCAUCGGUGUGGCAGUGGGAGCCUUCCUCGCCCUCUCCAUCCUCCUGGGGACCUUAGGCGCUUUCUGCUGCACCAGAUUCCAGAGAAAGGAUGUCCAUCUGGUCAUGUCUUCUCUUCCCGUGUCCCUUUCACGCCAGAGAGAUGUGAAAACAGAGAACCUCAAGGGAGUGGUUUCGACAAAAAAUGACAUUCGGGUGGAGAUUGUCCACAAGGAUCACAAUGCAGCACAGGAAAGCGAGGAACAUGCAAGCAUCAAACAGAUGAUGAUUGGCCGUGGUGAGUUCCAGCAGGAGCCUGUGCUGAAGCAGCUGGAGGUGCUCCAGGAGAAAGAGAAGGAGUUCCAGCACAUCAAGGACCCCACCAACGGCUACUACAGUGUCAACACCUUCAACGAGCACCACACCACCCCCACCAUGUCCCUGGCCCCCAGCCAGACUCCCGACCACGUUGUUCCAAGCCCACCCACUGGAUCUCUGACCAUGAGGAAGCAGCGAGUGCCCACCGGCAUGUCCUUCACCACCAUCUACAGCACGCUGGGGGCUGGCCCCCACCGCCUGUACGACUACAGCCAGCGCCUGGUCCUGGCGAUGGGCAGCAGCUCCAUGGAGCUGUGCGAGCAGGAGUUUCAGCGGAGCUCCCUCAGUGACUCCAGCUCGGUCCUCGACACACAGUGUGACAGCAGCGUCAGCAGCUACAGCAAGCACGACGCCUACGUGCAGUUUGACAAGGACAGCAAGACCUCGUCCUCCUCCCAGUCCUCCUCUCACAACUCUGAGCUCAGCAGGCCUCUGCACAAACGCAUGCAGACCCACGUCUAACAGCUCUGGGGGGGUGUGGGGGUGUUCCAAAGAGCCAUUUUACCUUUACUCAGAUGAAAUGUGUGUUUUCAGUGCUUGAUUGGUAUUCCAACAGAGAAACAUAACAUGAUUGAUGAAACUGCUGGAAUCAAAGUGCGUCUUCUUAAUCAUGAGCCAACUUCAAAAAAAAUCCUGACAAUCAUUUGUCUGCUUUCUCUGCUCAUAAAACAGUGGUUUGCUGCUGUCCCCAUCUCUUCUCACUUGGCAGACUGCCUUGACAAAUGCGCCUUGGGGCAGAGUGAUGGUUAGUUACAGAGAGAAUAUUAGACAAAAACAAUCAAGAGAAAAAGUCUGGUUUUUCAUUAAUAAAAAAAAAAGAAAAAAGGGUGUUGUGAGCCCAGCUGUUCCUCUGCCGGCUACAGCACUGAGGGGAUUGAGCAGAUUGGAUUGAAAGCAGAGCGUAUGUGAGCAGGGCACUGUUAGAUGUCACCAAUUGUCUGUACAUCAGUUACCACAACACCCUGGCAACGCUUUUAGCUAGCUGCAUUAGAAAUGGGUUUCUCUUUUGGAUAAUGUGCUGUACAUUCUUUUGGCUCUUUAAUGGAUUUUAUUUGUUGGACAUCGUUUCCCUCCUGAAAGGACCUUAUGAUGUUUAAAGUGUAAUGAAAAGGUAUUGAGAUCUGUAUUUUCCCCAUUUAAUGUGAGCGACUUUCAGCUUGUGUUUAUGCUGUAUCUCUGGGAAGCACUUUCUCGCUGCCAGAGCAGGUUUGUCACUUUCAUAUUUGUCUGAUAUUGUGUUGUUUUCACUAGAGCUCUGUAAACCUGUACUGUGAUUUGACUACCGAAUGACAAGGGCGGGAAGAUAAAGCGUAAUUCUUGCUGUCUGACAUUUCUGAUUUUCUGGGGACUUUGAUGCCCACUGUUUUAAGUGAGCCAAGAGACCAAAUACUAUCAUUAGUUUGAAGUCUAACAAUUAAAGACUGCUGCACUCAAGAACAAUGACUUAAAGGAUGAGCAAACACAUGUACUGCCAAAAAUAUCAGUUUGAGUACUUCUAUGAGGAAUGAGCCAUCAGUCAAAGCAGCCACUCUAUAGAACCAUGCUGCAGCAACAGUUUAAGAUCCAUCAACCAUUACAAAUGAUGGACAACUCCAGAGGCCUGUACCACGAAGCAAGAUCAACAUGGCCGGGAUUUAUUUCAGUUACCUGGCUUCACCUAACCUAACAACCGC